AUGAGCUAGGGCAAUUCUAAGUCAAAUCUUUUUAUAGAUGUUCUUCUUUUAGAUUACAUCGGCAAUUAUCAUUCUUAAUCAGAAAGCCAAGAUAUUGAUGAGAUAUUAUAAUAAUUUAUCACUUUAUUAUUUGCAGGUACAGGUACUACAGCAAUUUUAUGUUAUCAUAGCCUUUACUUUUUUGCAUUGUAUCCAGAAGCCCAAUAAGAAAUUAGAGAAAUAGUUUUUAGUGUGUGCACUGAGGAACACAUAUUGUAUGAUAAAUUGAAAUAAUUAAACAAAUUAUCCACAUUUAUUAAUGAAGUUUUAAGAUUGAGUAAACCCACUGCUAAAUUGAUACUCGAAAAUUGUAUUUAGACACAUUAAUUUAAAGAUCUUAAAAUAUAAAAGAGUACAAUUAUGUUAUUAAAUAUUAGAUUGGAUUUUCAUAAUCAACCCUUUUUUUGCAAUCAGUUUCAGAAUAACAUUUUAUAAACCCAAUUGA